AUGAUCAGCGACGAUUUAUCAAAACCCAACACCAAUCAACAAAAACUACUGUCUUCGUUCAAGAAUCGAAAAUACGACGAGUUCAACAACCUGAUAAAAUGCCCAGACAUAGACGUCGACCAUUUCUACGCAGAUCCAGAUAACGGUACGUUAUUAGAUUUAGCUUGUCGAUCUCACGGCAACCAGGCAUACAUUUACACUCUUAUACUAAACGGAGCUUCAAUAUGGCUGCAAAAUCAACUCACUGGUAAGCUCGCAUUGAACGAAGCUCUCGCCAAUUCAGAUCCCAGUACAAUACAGCAAUUCAUUAUGGCUUUACGGCAACGCAUCUUCAUCGCGGGUGAUAAAUUCGCUAAUACACUUAUGCACACUGCAAUCGAAAAAAACAACGUCGAAAUAACUCGCUUCAUAGUUCGCUGCCUUCCUCGAACCACUAAAUACCCGUAUAAUCCAAAAGCUCCGCAUUUCAUACUGCUUCAAGGGAGCAUCGAAGCUGCCAGAGUGUUCAUCGAGCACUUCGACGUCGAUAUGGAAUUUCAAAAAGAUACUCAAGGACGUGUUCGUAGCUGCCGAGAAAUAAUAUUGCAAAAAUAUCCCCAGCUAGGAGCAGAGCUUCCUACACGAUCAACGCGACAACUCCAAGAUAUUUUAUUCUCAUAUUUACGUUUCGGUUUGACCGAAUUGUUCGUGAAUAGAGUCGCCGAAAUUGAUAAGAAAACUCUGGACGAGGGUCUCACCGAUGGCGACAAGACCUACCUACAUUUAGCCUGCGAAUACAAUUACAUCGACGUAGUGAACGCGCUGUUGAAAAAAAAUAUUCGUUUGAAUAAACGUGCUGGAAGUCUAAAUGACUUUUCAACAUCCCUAACACCAAUAAUGGUAGCUGCUUACAAGGGUCAUUCUCAAAUAGUCCAGAGGUUAUUGAGUUUACCAGUAGUUGAACUGCAAAUCGAAGGAACGGGAUCGGUUUUGCAUUCGACGAUUCGCGGUAUGAACGAUAGAGCCGUCACUUCAGAUAGUCAUCGUUUGAUUUUAAAAUCACUCUUAGAUCGCAGGUUUCCUGAACCUCAUAGACUAAAUAUAGAUCUGACAGACAAAAUGAAUAUGACAGCUCUACAUUACGCGAUCGCUUUCAACAACGAAAUCGCCAUCAGUUCAUUGGUUCACGCUGGAGCCAAUUUAUACCUCAGAAAUCCCGAAGGUAAGCUUCCUUUGACUUCUAUUCCGCCAAUAAUCCUCGAACGAUAUUUUGACAAUUGUAUUCACGCUAAGAAAUAUUGGAUUUCUUCCACGAAAUCCGAAGAAACCAUAAGGUUUGACUACAAAGUAUUCAGACAACUAGACCAGAGCUCAAAUCCAACCGGCCAUGAGAUGAAAUUCUUCGCUAUAAUCAAACGAGAACCCGAAUUGAGAAAAUUAUUCAAACACCCUUUGACGAAAAGCUUCCUCUAUAUAAAAUGGUGUUUCGUUAAAAAAUAUUACUGCUUCGCUUUAACAUUCUAUUUGUUGUUUUGUUUGGUCCUGAGCGCGUAUAUUUUCCAAAUUCAAGACUGUUCAUCAUCGAGGACCAUAUCCAACAGCUCUACCAGCUACCAAUGUAAACUAUCCUGGGUUUCUGCAUCUGUAACAUUAUUCUUUUACCUCAUACUCGUUUUAAACGAACUAUGCACAUUUUUCCUUUCAAUCUUGUCGUACAGUUGGAUAAAGAACUGGUUGAAAAUCAUCAUAAUCUCUGUCGUAGAUGUUUUUCUCAUCAGUGAAUACAACGCGCAUCUCGCAGCAACCGCCAUCUUGACAUCUUGGAUCGAAUUCGUAUUUUUACUCGGUAAACUCCCAUCACUCUCCAUUUACAUCGAGAUGUUCAAAACAGUGACGCUGAAUUUCGCCAAAUUCUUCAUUCUGUACUCGAUUCUGAUCGCAUCGUUCGCCUACAGCUUUUUCAUUUUAUUCAACGAUAAAGCCAACGAAACCAGAUCGAACACUGAUAAAAAUAAUUCAAUCAAUUCGUGGCAAAAUCCGCCUGUAUCGUUGAUCAAGUCCAUCAUCAUGAUGACUGGCGAAUUCGAUGCUUCGAAUUUACCACUCGGUUCGAAUCUCAACUACGGCUACUUGUUCUUUAUUUUUUUUGUCUUCUUGGUGACUAUUGUACUUCAUAAUCUGCUCCACGGUUUGGCCGUCAGUGAUACGCGAGCUAUCAUGGAGAACGUCGAAGUGGUUGCUCUGAUAACAGGAGCCAAACAAAUAUCGCAGUUCGAACGCAUGGCCCACGGCAAUCCAUUCAAAUAUGUUCGGUCUCGUUGGCCGAGCUUUUUCAACCACGAAUCAAUCAGAAAACUCGAACGUGGAUUUCUAUUUUUUCGCGAUAAUAUAUACAGAUAUCAGAUCAUCAUGUCCUUUAGAAUGGGUACAAAAAUGACAGUUUUUGUGCGACCAAGCGAGCAGAAUAAGAUGACUGCUCAGUUUUUUUCCAAAGAGCAUAUUGGCAUAAUGCCAUCGUGUAUUGUUAAACAAGCCGAACAAAUCAUAGAGAAACGGAAUCAAUCCGAAUCUACCAAAAAUACAGACCAGCAUAUUGUGGUAAAAACAGAUCCAUCUAACAUCAAAUCUGUCGAAGAAUUGGUUACUCAGUUUGGCGAGCUGUGUGAAUUGACACGUAAGCUCGAUACGAAAAUUAGUGAAAUCGAUGCAAAAAUUGCUGAAAUUGAUGUAAAAAUUGUUAAACGAGAUGAAAAAUUUUUGCAAGAAUUAACACAUAAACUCGAUACGAAAAAUGCUGAGAUCGAUGCGAAAAUUGCUGAAAUUGAUGCGAAAAUUGUUAAACGAGAUGAAAAAUUGUCGCGAGAUGUGGAACAAAUAAGGAAACUACUCGAAUCAGUUGUACAGACAUCUAUCCUUAACGGCCUUGACGAAUCUCGAAUAGAAUGA